AUGGGGAUGGGCUAUCAAGAAGGUCCAAAUUCAAGGACUACAAAAAAGAAUAACGUGGAAUUGCCAAGGGAAGAAAAUGACAUAUCGGCGGGUGAUUACGGGCCUGUGGUACCACCGAUAAUAUCUGCUGGAAUUUUUAAGGAGGGUAAUGGAAAUGGGAAGCCAUUGACGAGCGAAGAAGGUGCUCGAUGCCAAAGUUCAAAUGCAAAGCUUGAUGGUAUUGCUGAAGAUGAGAAACCGGGGAUGGAGAAGAAGAAGAAUCAAGAUGACCCUAUGAAACAUGUGACAUGUGAGAAACAGGAGAGGAAUAAGAAGUUAAACGAUAGCCUUUGCAUCCUCGAAUACGAUGUGCCAAAACCACCGAGGUGGAACAUUGAUGUUUUAGAGGAUAUGGAGGAAGUGCAGUCUCCUUCUGAUUUAUGGAUGAAGAUGAUGGUGGUUGCUGGUGCUGAUGAUCCUCUUGAAGAUAUGAACAACCUAGGAAGCUCCAUGGAGCAGCAAACCACAAAAGUCGAAGUUAGGGCAUUAGGAGGAAGAUCAGUGAGCAUUCACCUAUCAUGUCCUGGCAAACGAGGCCUUAUACUCUCUGUAACGAAGGCUCUCGACAAUCUCGGACUCGAUAUGCAAGAAGGUAGUAUCUACAACUCAAUUAGGUUCACUUUUGAUGUUUCCCGAGCUGAGGUAAGAGCUGAAUAUCUUUCUCAUUGA